AUGAUAAUUCAGUCAGCGGCGCUAAUCUGCUUUGCCGCGGGCGCCGCACUGGUCCAUGGCGGCGUGGUAAUCAAGGCAAUUUUGGUAUCUGUACUCAAUUUCCGGAUUUCAGAUCACUGCGGAUCUUCUGCACACCAAUGUAACCGUCAAGUGGUCCACCAAUUAUGAGCAUCAGGAUGUCGAAUUCUCGAUUUGGUUUGGAGUCCGAACUCCCGAUGUCUUGUUCCUGGGAUUUUCGGACUUCGGAGAGAUGAACAACACCGACGCGCUCGUGUAUUUCGACGGAGAAAAACAUGUCAAAGUAAGCACUAAAUCUCUAGAUCUCCCGCCCUCUAUCAUCUUCUCCAAAUCUUUCCUUGAUGGAAACACUCGGUAGUAAUGCCCAUCCCUAAAAAAGGGAAUCUCUCCGAUCCCUCCUCCAAUUGCCUUGUAAUAAUGUUUCAGGACAGCUAUACGGACCGAAACUUCAAAAUCAUGCCCGAUGUUCAGCAGGACUUCCAGUUGAUUCGAAAGAGGAAGGAUCACAUUGUCGUGAGACGAAAGCUUACCACGUGUGAUUCGAGGGAUUACGCUUUCCAGGUACGGAAUUCGAGGUUGUCAGCCUAUAAUCCAUGAGUGUUUUCUUUCAGGCAGGAACUACACAAUUCUACAUUGCUGGCACUUGGAAUCAUCUCGAUCUUUCCGACAUUCGUGACGAGAGGUGGUUUGUCGUGAGUCUCUCGUAUCCAUUGCCUUCAAAAUGACCCCAUUACCAUUCAGGACAAGAAGUUCGGCAAGGUUGUCGAAGGUCCCACUGACCAACCGAACGCCGAUGAAAGCCAGCAAAACUGGAGAAGGAUGUGCAAGUGGUGGUUGUGAAUAGCAACAGCCCGGAUCCGAUUCCGAACGUCGAGACCACCUAUCAAUGCAUCAUCCGCCGGAUGCCAUUCGACACAAUCAGCAAAACGUACCACGUGGUGAGAAUGGAGCCCUACAUCACCCCGGGAAACGAGCACUUAGUGCAUCACAUGGAAGUGUUCAUCUGCCGUGACGAAGUGGAGGAGUGGAGUGGAAGUUGCAACGACGCAAAGAAGCCGGCGAAGGCGAAGUCGUGCAGUCAUGUGAUUGCUGCGUGGGCAAUGGGAGAGGGUCCGAUUCAAUAUCCGAGAGAAGCCGGACUUCCGAUCGGUGGAAAGGGAAAGAACGAGUAUGUGAUGGUGGAGAUUCAUUACAAUAAUCCGGAACUUCACAAAGGAGUUAUGGACACUUCCGGAUUCCAGUUCUUUGUCACGGGAAUGUUGAGGUGAGUAGAGAAGAGGUGACGCGUGACGUUGAUGGAAUGUGGUAUGCUUUCAGAAGAUACGAUGCCGGAAUCAUGGAGUUGGGAUUAGUUUACUCGGAUGCCAAUUCAGUCCCUCCUAAUCAAAAAGCUUGGGCUAUGAAUGGAUACUGUCCAUCUCAAUGCACUCAAAAUGUAAGUUUGUACUCAAACGAAAAUAUGCGGCGCGUCAAAAACUGUUUUCUAGCUGCCGGAAGAGGGAAUCAACAUCUUCGCGAGUCAACUGCACGCCCACCUGACUGGAAGAAAGCUGUUUACGACACAGUACCGAUCGGGCGUUUCCGUCGGUGACGUCAACCGAGAUGAGCACUACUCGCCCCACUGGCAGCAUUUGCAGCAGCUCCGUCCGUUCGUCCGGGUCAUGCCAGGAGAUACACUCGUCACGACAUGUGUCUAUGACACUAGGAAACGUUCGAAAGUGACGUUUGGUGGUUAUGGAAUCACGGAUGAGAUGUGCGUCAACUACAUUUACUACUAUCCGGCUUCCGAUGUUGAAGUCUGCAAAUCGGCCGUCUCCAACAGCACUUUGAGAGCUUACUUUUCGCAGAGGUACAUACAUUUUCAUCUGUGUUUCUUUCUCUCAGUAAGACGUCCUUUCAGACAUGGCCUCGACGGAAAGACAAUGAGCAUCUCGGAAAUGUACAAUAGCGUCCAAGACUGGGGAAAUGGCGUCGAUGAGGAGUUCUACAACGUCUUGUCCGUCGGAAAUUUAAACAUGAACUGUCUGCGAUCCAACGGAGAAACGUUCAAGUUCAGCAGCAAGGACAAGCGACAAAGCUGGGAAAACAUGGCGAAGCCGCAGUUGUACUCGGGAGCAUUCAUCAGAACUCGCGAUCGUUUCCAGUGCCCGGCGAUCAAUGACAUGAUCAACUUUGAGUAG